GCCCACAGGAAGAUUCGCUAAGUACGUCAGUCGUUUGCGGACCAUCAAAAGGUGGUUAAUGAGCCCACGAAAAGGGCAAGAUGCCCCAAGACCUGACUCGUUCCUCGAGAAGUUCACGUACACCGACACGGCCGAAGGCACCGUAGAGGGGAUCCUUCUUGGAGCGACAAAUUCAGACGACCACGCACCAUCAUCAAAUUCACGUGCAUGUGGCGGCCUUCUAGACAGUGACUGGAUUGUAGAUCCGUCGGGCAAUCGCUAUUAUUUCUGGCUCUUCAUCGUAUCUCUUGCGGUCCUUUACAAUACACUCUUCAUUAUCGGCCGAUCGGUCUUCUGGGAGCUCCAAAAUGCGUCGCCUCCCCUAUGGUGCGCUCUAGACUACAUCUGCGACUCAAUUUAUGUACUUGAUAUGGUACUUCGCGCGAGAACGGGUUACUUAGAACAAGGCCUGUUGGUCAAAGAUACUAACAAGCUCUUGUUGCGCUACAUGAAAUCGCCCGCGUGUCGUCUAGACAUAGCCUCCCUUCUGCCAACUGACUUCUUUUACGUAUACACCGGUAUCCGCUGUGACGCGUCGUCGCUUCCGUGCAUCGUGAUCGUCCGUCUCAACCGAUUAUUGCGUAUACCUCGCGCACUGGAAUUCUCUGAACGAACGGAGACGCGCACAAACUACCCUUACGCAUUUCGCAUUGGCAAAUUAAUCUUCCUGAUUCUUGUAAUCAUCCAUUGGAACGCAUGUAUCUACUUCGCAGUGAGUUUUUUCAUUGGUUUUGGUAGCGAUAACUGGGUGUACCGAAAUAUAUCGGAGCCGCGUUACGCUUCGCUACAGCAUCAGUACAUCUAUUCAUUCUACUGGUCAACAUUAACUCUAACAACGAUCGGAGAAGUGCCCGUUCCGGAGCGUGACAGCGAGUACGUGUUUGUUGUAAUCGAUUUCCUAGUGGGUGUUUUGAUUUUUGCUACGAUCGUUGGCAAUGUCGGCUCGAUGAUCACAAACAUUAAUGCGGCCAGGGCUGAGUUCCAACAGAAAAUGGACUCCAUCAAACAGUACAUGGAAUUUCGUAAGGUGUCAAAGGAAUUAGAAAAUCGGGUGAUCAAAUGGUUCGAUUAUCUCUGGACCAAUAAACAAUCGUUGGAUGAGGAUCGCAUCACUAGCGUUCUUCCAGAUAAACUAAAAGCAGAAAUUGCCAUUCAUGUUCAUCUCGACACCUUAAAACGUGUGAAACUAUUUCAGGACUGUGAACCUGGCUUACUGGUGCAGUUAGUGCUUAAACUUCGACUUCAGGUGUUUAGCCCAGGCGACUACAUCUGCCGCAAAGGCGAUGUCGGUAAAGAGAUGUACAUUGUGAAGCGAGGCAAGCUUUGCGUAGUUGGCGACGAUGGCAAAACGGUGUUCGCGACAUUGCAAGAUGGGAGCGUAUUUGGGGAACUUUCGAUUCUCAACAUCCAAGGAAAUAAGACUGGAAAUCGGCGUACCGCCAAUGUACGAAGUCAGGGCUACUCCGAUCUGUUCGUACUAUCAAAGGAAGAUUUGUGGAGCGUCCUCGAAGAAUAUCCGGAAGCGAAGGAAAUGUUAAUUCGAAAGGGAACUGAAAUUCUCCGGAGAGACGGAUUGCUAGAUGAGGACGCUAUUAAACAGCAAAACCAACAGCCUUUGUCAACGCGGGACCUGACAGAAAACUGUUUCAACCUCGAACGGCAAAUGGACGCUAUUAAAUCACAGAUGACAACGCUUUCCCUAGAAAUGGAUAGGGCUCAUAGAGAAAUUCGCGAAAGCAUACUCAGCCUUAACCGAAAAAUAGAUGAAGGAGGAAUACCGGUUGACAUGUAACAAUAAAAAAAAUAACCUUCAUAAACAGAUCGACAUAUCGGUGUAGACGAGAGGCACACCAGUAACAUCGCGACCUGGCGACGAUAGCAUAAAAGCAAAUUAUAAAUAGAUAGAUAUAAUUAUUUGAAUACCGUAAAGCCUAAGGAUAAUGACUUCAAUGACCCUGUUAUAGAAGGAGAUAUCACUAUCUAUAAUAGAUAUUAUAAUAAAAUAAUAAGGUUAAUAUUAAAGAUCUGUACAUGUGACACACAUUAUAAACUCGAGGAGAUAAAGCAAAUAUAAAAUGCCUUUUAAUGAUAUAUCAAUAAAAUGAUGUCAAUAUAUUACACACUAUUCAACAGUGAACUAGAAAUAAUUGAGCAUGACUCGUAAUAGUAAAACAGUCUUGUUUUGCGGAAGCUUACGAUGCUUUAUCAAAACUUACCCCUAAGGUGUAUUUGGUCAAACAAUGCAUAUGCACCGUAUGGAAGAUGUAAACUAAAUUUAUAAUUCUAAAUCAAGGAACAAAUAUAAUAGUAAAUUGGCCUACGGACAAGCGUCUAGAGUCAGGCGAAAACCGAAACCUCUCAUGUAAUACUCUUAAUUAUUUCAUGAGUAACUGUUUCCUAGUAAAUGUUUCAAGAUGCAAAUUAUAAUAUAAAAAAAAAUUUUCAUAUAGUGCUUGAGACGUUAACCUGAUUAUCAUAUACGUAAACAACAGGAUACAUUACGCGAGUAGGCGCGUUAGCUAGUAUGGACCACCGAACACAUAUUGAUUCAUAGAACAUGUCUCAAGGUAAAAAGGGCACUUAAUUACGGAAUAUUUCAUACACGCGAAUUAUGAAUUAUGUAAAUAUAUCCGACGAAAAACAUCGUUAAUCAUAAUAUAUUAUUUAUUGCUGCAGAAUUAAUCGACGAAGAAACAUAUGGGGCACUGAGUAAUAGAAGUUCAACAAAAGACACGUUAUGUGCUU